AUGAAAUUGAAAAUUGUACUCUUAUUUACCAUCAUUUGUCUUGUAACAUUGAGUACUUUCUACCUAACAUCAUCAUAAAGUGGUACUAUUAAAAAUAAUUAUUUUAGAUUAAACUUAACUUAAAUUGAAAAAAUUUAAAGGUACUAAUACAAAACACAAAGGAUAUUGGAAUGGUGAUUUAUAAUGCACUGCAAAAUGUUAAGCUUAAGAUGGAAUUAGCUGUGGAUAAGCAUGGUAAAAUUGCUGUCGUCCUUCAUAAUGUAUUUCUGAAUGGUAUGGUGCUUAAAAUUGUAAAGACAGAAUUCCAGUUCCUGGAUGUUCAGAUGAUGAAAAUUGAUUUAUG